AUGAAGUUAUCCCUUCAUAGUAAACCCGUAUUUCCUCAAACUCAGCCCCAAAACGCUGUAGAUCCAGAAUUUAGAGUACAAAGAGUGUCCUGGAGAGAAGCCUUUAACGAAGAGGAGGGGCGACGAAGGGAGCAGUUGCUGAAGCAAAGAUUGGCUGGGGCUUACAAGCCACGACUUCGCGGUACACUGCUUUUUGUCAGUUAUUUCCUGUGCUCGGUGCUCCUGUCGAUGCUGGAAGAUUCUUUUGCACUCCACUUCUGGAAGUUGUUCCAAACCGGGGCAGCUGCGCUUGGCAGCUUUUUGCUGUCGUUUGGCAUCUCCUGGGCUGACAGGCUUUGCCCGUCGAGUCGGAUCGAUAUGUUUUGUACGCUUACUUGCCUCACUUUCACAUGGCUCGUUGGGCUCAUCGUUGGCUUUAUGAUGUUGGGCCACACCCUCCUACUGACUCUCGCCGUUGGCCCCGCGAUAGGAAUGCUGGCGCGUCAUGGCUUCGCCGAUGGCUUGGGCGAGGCGACCCUUGCAGUGGGCGCGGCCCGUGCUCGGAGGAGAAGCAUCGUCUUUGAGGGUGCCGUGCGCCACGAGCGCGGUGAAGCCUGUGUCGUCUCCUGGCCGGGGAAAUACGCAACAGCCUGGGAUCACUUGAUGGCCAGUGCCCAGGGGCAGACGAGCGCGGCGGUGGUAUUUCUGCCAGAGGGCGACAAGAAUUUCGGGAAGCACAGCCCCAUUCCCAGACGCGAAGGGAUAGAUGGCCGCUGCUGGUGCAUGCCCCUCUAUGGAGAGGAGAAACCAUGGGGUUGCCGUUGGUGGGCCUCGUGGAUACAGAACGUGGAAACUGCGGUGCAGCGUCGUGCGGAACUCCAGGUCUACUUCUUUGAAGGAGCCCUCGGCAAGGGGAAAGUGGCAAGCUUCGAGACGGCAGGCCAAGAAAACCUGCAGAGAGAGGCCCUGCUCAAAAAGAUGAGCGACUUCAAAAAGUGCGACCAUUUCCGACGUGCCAAGGAAGCAGGUCUCAAGAACUUGAGGCGCAAGACGCGCUACGACUCGUCUUCUCAGUACAGCAGGGAGAAGUACCGUUUGUUCCUUCAGUGGCUUCCAGCCGUCGACCGGAGAUUUCUCGAGGACUCCGAUGGCUUGGGAAUUUCGCAGAAGGCGGAGGUAGCAUGGCUUGAGAAGAAGGGCUACGAAUACACUGCUGUGGACGUAUCACGAUGGUUGCGGCCAGCGAACACCAAAGCGGAGCCGACAAACCGCCCGCACAAGCUCGGCCGCCAAAUGGAUAGCGAAUGA